AUGGCUACCCUGAACACCAGAGGAAAUGGCCUAGCAUCGAACGUCCUCUCAUCAAGUACAGAAUCCAGUCAAGCCGUAGUCUUGUCUGGCGCAAGAGGGUCUCCAAACUCACGACGAGCCUGGCUCUUCGGUCUGGGUACACUAGGCGUCAUUCUCACCAGCGUGCUCCUCAGCCCUUUCACAUCUCCCCAAGAAAGCAUCCCAAACAUCGAUCCCACCGACUACGCAGCUCGAACAAAGCAUGUUCUCAGCACCACACCUCUUAUUGAUGGUCACAAUGACCUUCCAUAUCUGAUUCGUACGGAGUUGAAGCAUCAGAUCUACAAUGAACGGUUUACGUUCAAUACGGGGCUUUUGAGUAAUACUGACCGGAAGAAGUUGAGGGAUGGAAUGGUAGGAGGGCAGUUUUGGUCGGCUUAUAUUCACUGUCCGAAGGAUAGUGAGACAAAGAAGGAUGUUCCGUUAGACGAGGCUACCUGGACACUCCGCGACACCCUUGAACAAAUCGACAUCACAAAACGCUUUGUUGACGAGUUUCCCGACCUUUUCCAAUUUUGCUCAAACUCGACAUGCGCUCGUGAGGCGUUCUCAAAUGGCAAAAUCGGCAGCUUCAUUGGCAUAGAAGGCGCGCAUCAAAUCGGCAAUUCGCUCGCAUCAUUAAGACAAUUAUAUGACCUCGGCGCGCGAUACAUCACGACAACUCACAACUGCGAUAAUGUCUUUGGUACGGCGGCGAGCAGCGUAUCAGCCGGUCGGGAAGAUAAGGGACUUACUCUCUUUGGAGAAGAGUAUGUCGCAGAAAUGAACCGACUGGGUAUGAUGCUUGACCUGUCGCAUGUAUCUCAUGAGACGAUGCGGGAUACACUGCGUCUCAGUGAAGCGCCAGUCAUAUUCUCGCAUACAGGCGCAUAUGCGCUUUCCAAAGUAUUACGGUUCGCGCCUGAUGAUGUUUUGAAAGCUACCGCUGAAAAGGGUGGUAUUAUUAUGAUUACGUUCAUUAAUAGGUUCUUAAGACCUGAUGAUCCGGACGCAGCUACCAUUCAUGACGUUGUUGACCACAUCUGGCAUGUCGCUCAAGUCGCUGGUUGGGAUCAUGUUGGUGUUGGAUCCGACUUUGAUGGAACGCCUGUGACUCCCAAGGGUUUAGAGGACGUCUCGAAAUACCCCCGUCUGGUAGAACUCUUGAUGGAACGAGGUGCAACAGAUGAUCAAAUCCGUAAAUUUGCUGGUGACAACAUUCUCCGUGUAUGGAGCGAGGUUGAGAAGGUUGCUCAACGUAUUCAAGCUGAGGGCCGGAAACCUAAUGAAGCGAUUUGGGAAGGAAGAACUUGGGUCAGGAGCGAGAUGAGUCCGCCCAUUAUGUUCAGGGAUAGUAUUGUUGUACAGUCGCAUGGUCCCUUUCAGGGCUUACCUACUUAUCCACAAACGGCGGAGCUUUCGAACUUGACUGCGGUAAUAACUGGUGCUAAUGGCAUGUCGGGGUAUCAUAUGGUUCGCGUGCUCGCCUCUGCGCCGGAGAGAUGGAGCAAGAUCUAUUGUCUGUCCCGCCGAUCGCCUCCUGGCAACUUCUUCGAAGACCUGGGGCAGGGCGCAAAGAGAGUAGAGCAUAUUUUGGUGGACUUUCUGGAAGAAGAGUCAGAGAUUGCAGACAGAUUGAGGGAACGGAUCCAGAAAGUGGAUUAUGUUUUCUUCUUCUCAUAUAUGCAGCCUCAGCAAAAAGGCAACAUUUUGGGCAUGUGGUCAGAUGCCGAGGAAUUGGCAAGGGUCAAUUCAACGCUCAUCAAAAACUUUAUUGGUGCUCUACGUCAAUCCGGCCUGCAACCUAAACGGUUCUUGUUGCAGACAGGGGCGAAACAUUAUGGCUUCCAUAUAGGACCAGCAACCAACCCAUCAUUCGAGAGCGACCCGAGGAUCCCAUUGGAAGCCAACUUCUAUUACCCACAAGAGGAUGUGCUGGCUGAUUAUUGCAAAGAUACGGGCGUCGACUGGAGCGUCGUUCGUCCAUCAUACAUUAUAGGUGCUGUGCGUGAUAGUGCUUUAAAUCAUCUGGUCGGACUCGCUAUUUACGGAGCUAUCCAAGCACAUCUGAAGCAAUCUCUUGCCUUCCCUGGUGAUUAUGCUGCUUGGGACCGUGAGUACUGUCAAAGCACUUCGUUGCUGAAUGCCUACUUUGAAGAAUGGGCUGCCUUGACACAGGGAGCUGCUAAUGAAGCAUUUAACAUUCAAGACGGACUUCCUUUUACAUGGGGACGAUUCUGGGUCUAUUUGGCCAAUUGGUUCGGGACGACAUGGACCCCCCCGGAAGAGGAUGAGUCUAAGUAUCGAAUCACUAAAUCGAGACACGUUGGAACACCACGAGGAUACGGCCCCGUUGGCGUAACGCGUUCUACAUUCAGCUUGCAGGAAUGGGCUGAGCGUCCAGAGGUACAGCAAGCAUGGAAGGAGCUCGCCGAGAAACACGGUCUUGUGAUUGAUCCAUUCACCGAAACGAACCGCACACAGAUUUUUGCAAUGACAGACUCUGCAGUCAUUGGAGGCUGGGCACUUUCACUUAGUAUGCGAAAGGCCCGCAAAUUAGGUUUUUUGGGCACUGUGGACUCGUACGAGACAGCUUUCAACACCAUCCGCGAUCUGGCUCGUUUGAAGGUUGUAGCCCCCCCGGUUAGAGACAAGUUUGAGGAUUGA